ACUAAUAAUCAUGCAUACUUUAAUCAUCUAGUUUAACAUAACCAAGAUUAGUAGUGGAAAAUUACCAUCUAUCCAAGAGAAAAAUGGAAAGUUUGUGGUUACUUGUCUCUGCAACAGUUUUCUUGUCUAUUGCUACUUUUCUUCUUUGCACUAAUAGUACCAAGUUCUUCAGAAAAAAUAAUGGUAAUACUAGACCAUCACCAUCAUCAUCGGAAAUACAACUUCCUUUAGGUACUCUAGGAUGGCCUUUCAUCGGCGAAACUAUAGAGUUCAUCUCCUGUGCUUAUUCCGGUUCUCCGGAAAAAUUCAUGGAUAAACGUCGUUGUCUGUACGGGAAUGUGUUCAAAUCACACCUAUUUGGAAGUCGAACAAUCGUAUCAACUGAUGCAGAAGUAAAUAAACAUGUUCUCGACUCGAAAACUUUCAUACCAGCUUAUCCAAGAUCACUCACUGAGUUAAUGGGAGAGUCAUCAAUUCUAGUCACUAACGGAAAUUUACACAAGAAACUUCAUGGUCUUAUUGGGGCUUUCCUUAAAUGUCCACAACUUAAGGCUCAAAUUACACGAGACAUGCAAAAGUACGUUCACGAGACUGUGAACCAUUGGAAAGAUGAUCAGCUUAUCUACAUUCAAGAUGUCUCCAAAAAUAUUGCAUUCAAAGUACUAGUCAAAGUAUUGAUUGGUCUAGACCCAGGGGAAGAAGUGCAAUUUUUAAACCAACAGUUUCAUGAAUUUAAUGCUGGGAUUAUAUCUUUACCAAUAAAGAUACCUGGGAGUAGAUUAUAUCGAUCAUUACAGGCAAAGAAAAGAAUGAUGAAGGUUAUAGAGAAAAUUAUCCAAGAAAAGCAAAAACACAACAGCAACGAAAUUCCAAAAGACAUUAUCGAUGUGUUACUAAAUGACUCAAAUAAACAGUUAACACCUGGUUUCAUUUCAAGCAAUAUGGUUGAUUUUAUGAUCCCGGCGGAAGAUUCUGUACCCGUCCUUAUAACAUUGGUCGUGAAAUUCCUUAGCGAGUGUCCUCGAGCUCUCGAACAAAUGUUGGAGGAGAAUAUGAAGUUGCAAAUACUCAAAGAUGAGAUGGGAGGAUUUUUGUGUUGGAGUGACUAUAUGUCUCUACCAUUUACACAAAAUGUGAUUACAGAGGCACUAAGGUUAGGAAACAUUAUAGGAGGAGUCAUGCGUAAGGCCACUAAAGAUGUGCAAAUAAAAGGUUACUUGAUUCCUGAAGGAUGGUGUGUGUUUGCGUACAUUUUAUCGGUCCAUCUCGAUGAUAAACAUUACGAUCAACCUCAUCAAUUUAACCCCUGGAGAUGGCAGGACAACAAUAUAGGUACUUGUAAUUUUACUCCUUUUGGUGGUGGCCAAAGAUUGUGUCCGGGUCUUGAAUUGGCAAGGCUUGAAACUUCAAUAUUUCUCCAUCAUUUUAUAACUCAAUUCAGUUGGGUGGCUGAGGAGGAUGCAAUUAUCCACUUCCCAACAGCAAGAUUGAAAAGAAGAAUGCCUGUAUGCGUCAAAAGAAGAUGAAUAAAUAUGAAUUAUCACUUGAUCGAUCGAGGUGAUGAUCACAAAUAUGUGUAUAUACAUCUACGACUAGAAUCGAAAGUCAAUGUGUGUUGCAAUGCUAGCUGAUUUAUUAUAUAGUUGUGUUACAUUUGGUUAAAGAUCACACACCGCUUAAGUUUACAUCCAUUUCAUUAAUAUGAUAAUUAGCAUUUCUAGCUA